AUGGGCCCGAAAAAGAAAGGCGAUGGCCGUGGAGGCCCCAAGCCCGGCACGAAGCAGGCCAAGGCCGACAAGGACAAGGCGAGCGAGGCAAAAAAGACGCCCGCCGCGCCGCCGGAGGAGCCCAAGAAGCCCUCAGUGAAGGAGGUCAUUGGGGGCGCCUCGUGGACGGGCAAGCUGCCGGUGAACAUGCUAUCGGAGCAUUGUCAGAAGCAGAAAUGGGAGAAGCCAGAGUACAGCAUGAUCAAAACCUCCGAGGGAUUCGUCUCCGCCGUGACACUGAAGAAAGUCGAUCUCAAGACGAAGGAGAUGAUUGUCAUCCCGCCGAUGAAGCUGCCGCCGUCGCACAAACAUCUCGCAGCGCAAACAACGGCCCUGGAGGCGCGCCAUUUCGCUGCGGCAUAUGCCCUUUUCCGCGUGUGCAACAUGCGUAAUCUCCAUAUGAUGCUCCCGCCGACAUAUAAGAAGCUAUGGAAGGAAGAUUUUACCGAUAUCAAAGCCGCAGAUACCAAGGAGGGCAAGGGUUGGAUGUACGAGGCGGAUCCGUUCCUGGCCAAACAGGAGCGCGAGAGCGCUGCUGCCGAGCUGGUGAAGAAGAGGGCGGAGCGUGAAAAGAUGCAGGCAAAGGCAAAAGCGUCCCCUGCUUUGGAUUUGGGGGUGGGUGCUAGUGAUGGAGAGAACAAAGGACGCCGAAUUUGGUCCCAGGCGCCCAAGGUGGAUAUGGGGAACAAAAUCCGCCAGGAAAUUGAAGGGCUCUUGAGGGAUCAUGCGAUCUGGAAUCCCUAUGGGAUCAAAAUCACGGAGAAAGAACAGAAAACCAUUGUCGAUGACCUGGCGCGUUUGGGAUUCCGGCGCAGUCACGUCGAGGAAGCUGUGAUGGAGUGCAAAGAUCGCGAGGAAGUGCUGGAGUGGCUUCUGAUCUAUGUGCCUGAGGAUGAUUUGCCUCCCUGGAGUCUGCCAGAGGGAUAUUCCGCUGGCGUCACUCUCGCCACGGGAGAUCUCGCUCGCGAGGCCAAGAUCAAGCGACUCGCAUCGAUUGGGUACCCCACCGGUCUAUGCUCACAAGUGCUAGACAGCAAAGGGGGCGAUGAGCUUGCGGCAGCAGAAUUUCUGCAAGGAACAUUGGUGCAUGGAUUACAGUUCUCUUCUUCUCCGGACGGGAAUACAGAGGCCUGGGCCGAAGAGCAGUCGACAUUGGAAGCUAUCUUUGGCGAACGAUACACCCGUACAUCGGCGAAGGUCUGUGAAAUUCAGAGUGAGGCUCCGAAUAUCCCAGAGAAUACUUCGUUCCGCUUCCAAGAGCCAUCGGCCCAUUAUCCCUCUACGGCGCCAGUGAUCUCAAUCCUGGCCAAAGGCAUCCCGGCGUACAUACGCCUCAGCGCAAUCCGCCGUGCAGUGCAAUAUGCUGAAGAGAACUUUACUGGCGAGCCGAUGAUAUUCAACAUCCUGGAUUGGUUAGAAGUGAAUCUCCCCGAGAUCAUGGAAAAUCCAGGCCGACUGCGGGAGAUUUCAGCUGUAACGGCGUCGCCCGCUACGGGUGGCCAGACCUCCGAGGUCUCGGUGCGUCCAUCACGCAGACAGCGCAAAGGCAUUGACUGGAAGCCUGGAUCUCCGCAAAGUCUCGCUAUGCGAGAGGCUUGGGAAGCCAAACAAGCCAGCGCAGCACAGAAGGAGAUGUCGCGGAAGCGACAAUCCCUUCCCGCGUGGAACACACAAGAUGCUAUCCUCGAGGCUGUCAACACGCACCAAGUGACCAUCAUCUCCGGUGAGACCGGAAGCGGCAAGAGUACGCAGUCGGUGCAGUUCGUUCUAGACGAUAUGAUCCAGCGCGGACUAGGCGGUGCAGCCAAUAUCAUCUGUACGCAGCCUCGAAGGAUUUCAGCCCUGGGACUUGCCGAUCGAGUCAGCGAUGAGCGAUGCUCAUCCGUUGGCGACGAAGUUGGAUAUGUGAUUCGCGGAGAGUCAAAAGUGAAGCAGGGCUCCACAAAGAUCACAUUCGUGACCACCGGAGUCUUGCUGCGUCGAAUCCAGUCCGGUGGCGAUGCCGACGGUAAUGUCGCAAGUUCUCUGGUGGAUGUCUCGCAUGUGGUGGUAGACGAAGUUCAUGAACGCAGUCUCGAUACCGAUUUCCUCUUGGCGCUGCUGAGGGAUGUUCUGCGUCAUCGCAAGGACCUCAAGGUGAUUCUCAUGAGUGCUACGCUAGACGCUAGUAUUUUUACGAAUUACUUUGGUGGCUCCAUGUCCGUUGGUUUGGUAAAUAUCCCCGGACGAACCUUCCCUGUCCAGGAUUAUUACUUGGACGAUGUCAUCCGGAACACUGGAUUUGCGCCCGAGUUGAGCGAGCGCGGCCUGGACGACGAUAUGGACGAAGUCGAACGAGGUGACGAGUCAAUUGGCCGGGCUCUUCGCAGUGUUGGUAUGGGCAUCAACUAUGAGUUGAUCGCAUCUACCGUUCGAUAUAUCGAUGAUCAGCUUGGGGACCAGCCUGGGGGGAUCUUGAUCUUCCUACCGGGCACGCUCGAGAUUGAGCGGUGUCUGUCUGCCGUCAGGAAGAUACCCAAUGCACAUCCACUGCCCCUUCAUGCAUCUUUGCUCCCAGCUGAGCAACGUCGUGUUUUCCAGAGUCCGCCCAGGGGGAAGAGAAAGAUUAUUGCUGCCACUAACGUUGCCGAAACCUCCAUCACCAUUGCGGAUGUUGUCGCCGUCAUCGACACCGGUCGAGUCAAAGAAACCAGCUAUGAUCCCAAGGAUAAUAUGGUCCGUCUGCAAGAGGUCUGGGCAUCACAGGCAGCAUGUAAACAACGCCGCGGACGAGCGGGUCGUGUCCGUGCAGGUAUCUGUUACAAGCUGUAUACUCGCAAGGCCGAGUCCAACAUGGCACCCCGGCCAGAUCCAGAGAUUCGCCGUGUUCCUCUGGAACAACUUUGUCUGUCCGUGAAAUCCAUGAAAGGAAUUGACGACGUCGCGAACUUCCUCGCCAACACAAUCACUCCUCCUGAGAGCAUGGCCGUUGAAGGCGCUCUCGGCUUCCUGCAUCGCGUUGGAGCCCUGGACCAUAACCGCCUGACUGCAUUGGGUCGGUACCUGUCCAUGAUCCCCGCGGAUUUGCGAUGCGCGAAGCUCAUGAUCUACGGCUCCAUCUUCGGCUGCAUUGAACCCUGUCUCACCAUGGCCGCCAUCCUCACAGUCAAAAGCCCGUUCGUUUCACCGCGCGAGAGGCGCGAUGAAGCCAACGCCGCUAAAGCCAGCUUCUCACGACCCGGCGACGGCGACCUUCUCACUGACCUCUCUGCCUACCAGCAGUGGUCUGAACGAUCUCGCGCCCAGGGUUAUUGGCAAACACAGUCAUGGUGUGCGGCCAACUUCGUAUCCCACCAAACGCUCCGCGACAUAUCGUCCAACCGCGCUCAAUUCACCACCUCCCUCAAAGAUGCCGGUGUGCUCCCUGUCGAUUACUCAGAGUCGGAUCCCCGCUGGAGCCGCAACGCCUCCAACCGCAACCUUCUCCGCGCUUUGGUAGCAGGCUCCUUCCAGCCGCAGAUCGCUCAGAUCUCGUUCCCGGACAAGAAAUUCGCCAGCUCAGUCACCGGCACCGUCGAGGUUGACCCCGACGCUCGCACCAUCAGGUAUUUCAACCAGGAAAACGGCCGUGUCUUCAUCCACCCCAGCUCCAUCCUGUUCUCCGCGCAGAACUAUCCCGGCGCGGCGGCGUAUCUGAGCUAUUUCUCCAAGAUGGCUACCAGCAAGGUGUUCAUCCGCGACCUCACCCCUUUCAAUGCAUACGCCCUUCUCCUCUUCUGCGGUUCCAUCUCCUUAGAUACCAUGGGCCGCGGCCUUGUCGUGGAUGGCUGGCUCCGACUGCGUGGCUGGGCCCGUAUCGGCGUGCUGGUCUCGCGCCUGCGCAUGAUGCUGGACGAAGCUCUCGCUGCGCGUUUUGAUAAUCCCUCGUUGGGGUCUGAUUCUUCUGGUGCUCUUGCCAUUGGUGAUCAGGUCAUCGAUGCUGUGAAGAAGCUGAUUGAGUUUAAUGGGUUAGACCAGUGA